UGCGUGUGUACCAUUAAUAAAAAAACACGAUACACACACUCGUCCAUAUGUUUAUUUUGACAGUAUUUUGUUUUGAUGACAACUUGUUGAGAAAUAUUUCGCUUCAUUCGCGUUAAUUAAGAAUUUACUGUGCAAUGGCCAAACUGUUCUCAUGGGGCGCCAAUUCUCACGGCCAAUUAUCCGUUGGAUUUGUGAGUGAAAUGUGUACAACGCCACAAGAAGUAGCAUUCGAUCAAUCCGAAUCGGUGGAUCAUAUGGCCGCCGGUGGUGGACACAUUCUUCUGAAAACAUCCGACAACAAAUUAUUUUCUUGUGGAUGGAACUCGAAGGGUCAACUGGGUAAUGGCACAAUGUCCGAUUCAUCUGUACUGCAACCGAUUCAAAGCAAAUAUUUCGAGAACAAGUUGAUCAAAUCAGUGCAUUGCGGAUGGCACGAGUCUGCUUUAGUUUGUGAGGAUGGUUCGUUGUAUGUAUGGGGCGCGAAUCUGUAUGGUCAAUUGGGCCAAUCGACGGAACGUAAAGUCGUAACGACACCUGUCCUGCUUCCACUGCCGAACGAUGAAAAAGCCAUUAGCAUAAGUUUCACAUUUCGAUGUUCGGUGAUCGUAACGGCGAACCGUCGUGCCUAUCUUGUGGGAGAGUUGCGCCAUUUCGACGAUAUCAAAAAUUCCAGUAAUUACCAAGUAAUCGUUCACAACGGUACACAAUUCACACAAAUAGGCGAAGACGUUCAGAAACUGUCUUGCGGACAGAACCAUUUGAUUCUAGUGCACCCAGACAAUUCGGUGUCCGGAUACGGUAACAAUCAGUACGGCCAAACUGAUCAUGUGAAAUUUGGCCAUCAGAUUGAUAAGAUCCUCUGCGGCUGGAAACACAAUGGAGUGCUGCUCCGGACCGGUGAUGUGUUGCUAUGGGGUCGAAACACGUACGGCCAAUUGGGACGGAAUACUGGACUGUAUAUCGAGACCGUUCGAACACCCAUUCGACUGGUUCUGUUUGAGAAAUUCCAGGAUUUCCAUUUGGGUGCGGAACAUGGUCUUGUCGUCACGGAUAGGGGCCAGAUGUAUACAUUCGGUUGGAAUGAGCACGGCAAUUGCGGUAAUGGAGAUGUUGAAAAUGUAUAUAAACCGCAUCUAGUCAAUUUACCUGGAAAAUGUGUCUUAGCGACAUGCGGAACCGGAUUUUGUUAUGCCUUGAUGGAACAAUAAUUAUUUUUUUUGAUCGAUUAGCCAAAGGUUUUGUUAUUACGAAGAUGAAAUACAUCGCCGAUAUUUUCACAGAGAAA